AUGGCUGCGCAACAGACUCCCACCUUCAAGCUCGUGCUUGUCGGCGACGGUGGCACCGGCAAGACGACGUUCGUGAAGCGCCAUUUGACGGGCGAGUUCGAGAAGAAGUACAUGGCGACGCUCGGCGUCGAGGUUCACCCUCUUGGCUUCACCACCAACUUUGGUCAGAUUCAGUUCGACGUCUGGGACACGGCCGGUCAGGAGAAGUUCGGCGGCCUUCGCGACGGGUACUACAUCAACGGCCAGUGCGGCAUCAUCAUGUUCGACGUCACCUCGCGCAUCACCUACAAGAACGUCCCCAACUGGCACCGUGACCUCGUCCGCGUCUGCGAGAACAUUCCCAUCGUUCUCUGCGGCAACAAGGUCGACGUCAAGGAGCGAAAGGUCAAGGCCAAGACCAUCACCUUCCACCGCAAGAAGAACUUGCAGUACUAUGACAUCUCGGCCAAGUCCAACUACAACUUCGAGAAGCCUUUCCUGUGGCUCGCCCGCAAGCUCGUCGGCAACCCUCAGCUGGACUUUGUCGCCGCCCCCGCCCUGGCUCCCCCCACCGCUCAGGUCGACGAGGCCCUCCUCAAGGAGUACGAGCAAGAGAUGAACGCGGCCGCCGCGCAGCCCCUCCCCGACGAGCAGUCCGACGACGAUCUGUAA